UAGAAAUCCGCGUUUGGACGUCCUGGAAUUGAGAAAAAUCCUGCGGGUGCUUCUUGGCACCGAUGUUUAUACGAUGUGUUUACCUCAAGCGGAAGCUGGUCCACACCUUGGACCUAAGGUUUGAAGUCGGAGAACCUCGCUUUGUGCAAGAACUUGCGCUGCAGAGCGCCUGGUCCUGCAUGUUGGCCUGCCUCAGCUUUUUUUGGCCUUUCGCUAUUCUGGAAGCAGUUAGUUUGGUCAACAUCGUCAACGAGCUUGGAGGAGGAAAUGUGGACUGGGUUCGUUACGUCUGGCCUCGAGCACUACAAGUUGGCGCAUGUUCUCUUCAAGUCAUAGUAGCCUCGGCCCUCACAGCUGUAUCUUUCUUGGCUGGUUCCUCGAGAUGCUUCCAAGUUUUCAAGCGCCUACCGCUUGAGCUGCUUUGGGCGGCUAUUGCCAUUCUGGCCUUUGUUCUCCUGUGGACCUCACGCCCAGAUCCGGAGUUAAGUCCCACAAAGCAGAGCUGGUCGAUGCUCUUGAUUUCUCUUGUGAUUUUUUGCUUGCCUUUGCGCUUUCACAUAUCAUGGUUCGUUUUCCUGGUGGCGAUCAUCAUGCUGCCUUUUGACUCGACCAUUGCCUCGCCUGACUCGUAUUUGCUUGGCUUCACAAUCCUUUGUGCCUGCAGACUUUCAUGGAUCAAUGAGAGAGUCUUGCGGCGCCUGUUUGAGAUAGAUCCGCCUCUCCCCUGCUUUGUUCCUACGAUCAAUUCCGCAGACGGAUGGAUUGGGAGCAGCUCACCCGCCAAGCAGGCCAGAGAGGAGAUGGGCAUGUCGAUGGGCUCUCUAGGCAGAGGUGUUAAGGAAAGGAACAAUCGGGGAAGCAAAGGCAGUCAGACAUGUCAAGGUUAUGAUGUGGAGAAAAUGUUGUCAAGGGAUAGCGGUGGUGUGGAGGACACAUUCCCUGUGCGAAAUAUAGAUCGAUCCGAUAAGCAUCGUUGUAUGAUUCUGCCUUUGCGGGAGGACUUCACCAUCCGAGAGGUGUCAGAAGACGUUCGCCUUCAAAUUGGCUACGACAUUCAAGGAAAGCACCUCGCAACGAUCCUGAAUCCCCACUCCUUCGAUGAUAUUGACUUUCAAAGUGAGGCUAUGUACCAAGUAUCAGAUGUGGUCGUUUGUUUCGCAAGUGGACCAAGUCCUGCAAAACUUUGCAUGCUUCGUACUGACUUGCCGGAUCCGGCCUUCUUUGCCAUGAUCACACCCUUUAGUGAGGCUUUGAAUGCUGUGCAGGUACCCUCGCACUCUUCGCCGAGUGUUUUAGGCGAUCUCAGUCAUGGAAACCAGAGUAUGAUGAGGAUUGCAAGCAUCAAGAGCCAACCGGGCAAAACACCAUCAAGGAGGGCGUCAGAUAGCCGUUUGAUCUCCGAGAGCUUGAUUUACAGUAAAGAUUCCCACACCGAUGGACAUAGUGCUGAUGGAUUUUGGCCGAAGGAACUCAGAGAUGUGAACAUUCAGACGGAGGCAUCGACUGCUGACAGCGAGUGCCAAACGGAUCCCAUAUACAGCGGCAUUGGGGCGUUGUGCAGGCGCUGUCAACGGCCACCAACAAUUCCCAUGAAGCGCCAGGGGAGCGGGAUGUAUAGCAGUGGAGGAGAUCCUGUUGACUUCCUCGACACCAGCGAGGCAUCCGAGGAUUUUGCUGCUCUGAGUCCAGCUGAGGUUCUUAUCCAACGCAUCCAAGGAUUUUGGGUCUUGCACCAAGGUCCCAAGAACACAGCUCCAUGGCUCCAAUCGUUUUUGGUGAGAGGCUCUGAGGCGGAAUCGCAGGAGGAUACUCUAGAGAUUCGCACGGAAUCUGAGCGGGUCUACAUGGCUGGCGGAGUUAGAGCGAGGCAGCAUUUGGCAAAGCCCAAUCCUGAGGAAAUUCGAAGACCUGACCUGCGGGCCUGGAUUUGGUCUGCUUCAGCAGCACUCAAAAAGCAAUGUGACCCUGUGGACUGUUCCAGUUCCGAAGGAUCCACAGCUUGGGGUCAAAAUCACAAAUUCCUGUUGGCUAUUGACAUCAUUGUGCUCUCGUUGGAUGAGGACCCGGAUGGGGCUUUGGAAGGGCUUGAUGGUCUUCUUCAUCGAUAUGGACAGUCAGGGACGCAUUUGGUGUACACAAGGCAAGAUGUUCAGACAGAGCUCAACAUCUCAGAGCCCAAUGGCCUUGGUUCCAAGGUGGAAGCGGAGGCAGAUGAAACUGACAUCGAAAAUUGCGGAGACAUCCUGCAGGCUGCGAAAGAAGGCCACGUCGGAGCUUGUCGACGCUUGCUGCAGGUGGACCCCCAGAGCCUGGAGCAAGUCGACGAAUAUGGCGACGGGCCGUUGCACUUCGCGGCUCGGAAAGGCCGCCUGGAGGUGGUCCAGGUGCUGCUGGCCGCCGGCGCCUCCGUCGAGGCGAAGAACGAUGCGACAGGCAAGGGGCCGCUGGCCUGGGCGGCUACGGGGGGCCACCCGGAGGUGGUCCAGGCGCUGCUGGCUGCGGGCGCCUCCGUCGAAGCGAAGAAUAGCUUCGGCCGCGGCCCCCAGAGACGGGACGGACGCGACAGGUACGAGCCACAGGGUGGACAAUUUGAAGGAAAUCAGGCACAUGAAGUCAUGAAGUUGUCCCUGCUGGGAUGCACCGCUUCGGAGAGGUCUGAUCAGGUCGUAGUCCUGGUCUUGGUGAUCUUCACAAACACCACAGCAACGAUAUGGGGGACGGCGGUGAAGAGCCACGGGUGGAGCCCUCCAGCCGUUGAUGUCUCCGAGCCCUUUGGCAAAACACCGCUGCACUACGCGGCGAAAAGCGGCCACACCGCCGUCAUGGAGCGGCUCCUCGCCGCGGGCGCCGCCGUGGAUGCUGCCGACAACGAAGGUUGGUUACCGCUGCACUCGGUGGCUUUCAAUGGCCACACCGCCGUGGUGGAGCAGCUCCUCGCGGCGGGCGCCGCCGUGGAUGCUGUGGACAGCAAAGGCAAAACACCGCUGCACAGGGCGACUGACCGUGGCCACUCCGCCGUGGUGGAGCAGCUCCUCGCGGCGGGCGCCGCCGUGGAUGCUGUGGACAGCAAAGGCAAGACGCCGUACGACAUCGCCAAGGAUAAUGACCACCGGAAGGUGAUGGGUGUGCUGGACCCGGUAUUUGUGGCCCUUCUCAGUGGCCGGAGCUGCAAAUGUAGUUCUUAUCACGAGACGGUGCAGGAAUUGAAGGAAGAAGCAGAGAAGAAACUCGGAAUCACCAUCCAGCGUCUCAUUGGGGUGAACAUGGAACCAUUGAACGAAGCAAAGACUUUGAAAGAAGCCGGUGUUUUGCCUGGACAUACGUUGACCGCAGUCAUCGCGCCAGCAGCGGGGCAGGGUGACGUCUCAGAGGAGAAGCAGUUGCCAGAGGAUGAAGGCGAUCUGCAAAAUCCCAACGACUUCAUCGAGUUCCUCAUCUCCGCGAAUAUUCGGCUGGUCCGCGCCGAGUUUUUGAUCGAGCUGGAUGAGACUGGGACCCCCAUGCCUCGCCGACAAGAGGCAGAGUUCAUGCACGUGCAGAGUGGGGCAACUGCACUGGUGGAGCUUGGUGAGUACAAAGAGUUGCACGUGAAUCAAACAUCAGGACACGUCACAAUCCGCACGGCUGAGGGCCCCUCCAUAGUGCGAUUCCGGUCAAUCUCCCACAUGUGGGAGGCAAUGGAGCAUCCGGAUCCCUGGGGAUUCCAGGUCCGCAGCAUUGUGGAGAGGUACCGAGAAUUACCCAAGGAUUCGGUGACUUGGGUCUUCGUGGACUUCCUGUCGCUGUAUCAGUACAAGAGAUCUGCUGAAGAAGAUGAGUUCUUCAGGAAGGGGCUGAAGCGAAUGCACUGGCUGUACAGUCAUGAGAUUGUGCAGGUAGACAUCCUCACUGAACUCACACCUGAGGACAAGAAGUUCGAGGGCGAGAUUUUGGUGUACAACGCGACGGAAGACCAGGUGAAAGUGACACCAAUCUGCGAGCUGAGGCUGAACAACACCCCCUAUGAGCUUCGAGGUUGGUGCCAGAGUGAAUCUGAGUGGUCCCGCCUGCGUAUGGAUGUGCUUGGAGGUUGUAUUCCCACUCCUCCAGAAAUAUUCAGGAAGAGGAUGCAACGGAUGCGGUUCACGCAUCGAAAUGAUGCCGAGCAGGUGCUUGCAUUGCAAGAAAAGGUGUUCAGAGACAAAGUCUCCAGGACAACACACUUGCAGCUCCAACAACUCUCUGGGGAUGACUUGGAAUGUCUACAUGACGCCUUGCCACACUACACCAAACUGGAGUACAUGGUGGUGAACGGCAAUGCCCUGAAGGGGCAAGAUGCCGCGGCGAUGGUGACCUCAGGUGCGGCGGACAUCCAAAUGGAGUCGUGUUCUCUACAAGAUGAAGAUGCAGGUGCAAUAUCAGAGGCACUGAUGAGCUCAGCUGCUGAUCGAUUGGAACAUCUGAGUCUGACUGGAAACCGCUUCAGUGACAUCGGGACAGCUGCCCUUCGCAAAGUGAUGGAGCAGCGACCGCCCCAAAUCUGUUUAGAGGGCUUGCCAGUGACAUGCGCCAACAAAAAGAUCAAAAAGGUUACCCCGCAGGUGUCACACCAACCGAAAGCCAACGUCGCCAUGCGGGACGCAGCCCUUCAUGAUGUGGUGACCGCAGCCUCGGCACCCUGGACGGUGCCGAAGAAGGUCGGCCAAAGUUUCGCCGAGCUGACGCGGAUAGGAUUGGCCCGUGCCAAAGGCAUGGUGGCCUUCUGCACGUCGGACUACGGCGCCUAUACAGGUGCUGGUUACGAAACCUUCCAUGAAUUGGAAUAUGCACACGACAACAAGUUGCAUAUCUUUCCCAUUAGGCAGGCAGAUGAACCUGAAAAGAACCUUGCAGUUGAGCAUGCGCUGAGUCGCAAACCCUUUGGACGUUUGCUUCAGGCAGUGCCAGGGAAUUCCACCUUCAUGGCAAAGGAUGGCCAAGAUACCUCGGCAGGGCGUCCCAGAUGUGAGAUCUCCAACUUUGGAAUCUACGCUGUUCUGACGUUGGCAGACCAUGCUGGCCUUGAAGCAAUUUUCCAGCACUUGGAUCCCACCGGAAGUGGAACGCUCGGGAAGGAGGAGCUGCUGUCCAUCCUCUCUGGCCUUGGCGUUUCUGAUAAAGAGUUAGCCUUGCUUCAAACCACAGAGAUGUUUCAAGACCAACGAGUUCCCUACUCGCGCUUCCUCCGCUGGAUUUUUGCACCAGCAUCCAACUCUGAAAGUGGUCAUCAAACCGAUGUUGCAUCGCAAGAUGUUCAGACAGAGCUCAACAUCUCAGAGCCCAAUGACCUUGGUUCCAAGGUGGAAGCGGAGGCAGAUGAAACUGAAAUCGAAAGUUGCGGAGACAUCUUGCAGGCUGCAGAAGAAGGCAACGUCGGAGCUGUCGGACGCUUGCUGCAGGUGGACCGCCAGAGCCUGGAGCAAGUCAACACAGACGGCAUGGGGCCGCUGCACUUGGCGGCUGCCAAAGGCCACCUGGAGGUGGUCGAGGCGCUGCUGGCCGCGGGCGCCUCCGUCGAGGCGAAGGAUGGCAACGGCUCCGGGCCGCUGCACUUUGCGGCUUUUAAAGGCCACCUGGAGGUGGUCGAGGCGCUGCUGGCCGCUGGUGCCUCCGUCGAGGCGAAGAACGACAACGGCUGCGGCCCCCAGAGCCGGGACGGACGCGACAGGGAAAUGGAGUUUGCCACCUUAGCUGGAGAUGAACCCAGGUUCCAUCAGUACAUAGUCUUGGUGAUCUUAAUAAACACCACCAGCGAUAGUGGCUGCCAUUGUCGGACACCUCUGCACUGGGCGGCUCUCUACGGCCACACCGCCGCUGUGGAGCAGCUCCUCGCCGCGGGCGCCGCCGUGGAUGCUGUGGGCAACCAAGGUAUUUUGGCAAGUGACAAGAACACAGUGGCAUCCACUGGUGCGACACCGCUGCACUACGCGGCUCUCAACGGCCACACCGCCGCUGUGGAGCAGCUCCUCGCCGCGGGCGCCGCCGUGGAUGCUUUGGACAGCGAAGGCAAGACGCCGUACGACUACGCCAAGAAAAUGGGCCGCCAGAAGGUGAUGGGUGUGCUGGACCCGGUAUUUGUGGCCCUUCUCAGUGGCCGGAGCUGCAAAUGUAGUUCUUAUCACGAGACGGUGCAGGAAUUGAAGGAAGAAGCAGAGCAUGGCGUUGCCUACCCACGGCUACACAAGACCCGUGAUGCUUUGAAGAAACUCGGAAUCACCAUCCAGCGUCUCAUUGGGGUGAACAUGGAACCAUUGAACGAAGCAAAGACUUUGGGUCAAGCCGGUGUUUUGCCUGGACAUACUUUGACCGCAGUCAUCGCGCCAGCAGCGGGGCAGGGUGAUGUCUCAGAGGAGAAGCAGUUGGCAGAGGAUGAAGGCGAUUUGCAAAAUCCCAACGACUUCAUUGAGUUCCUCAUCUCCGCGAACAUUCGGCUGGUCCGCGCUGAGUUUUUGAUCGAGCUGGAUGAGACUGGGACCCCCAUGCCUCGCCGACAAGAGGCAGAGUUCAUGCACGUGCAGAGUGGGGCAACUGCACUGGUGGAGCUUGGUGAGUACAAAGAGUUGCACGUGAAUCAAACAUCAGGACACGUCACAAUCCGCACGGCUGAGGGCCCCUCCACAGUGCGAUUCCGGUCAAUCUCCCACAUGUGGGAGGCAAUGGAGCAUCCGGAUCCCUGGGGAUUCCAGGUCGCCAGCAUUGUGGAGAGGUACCGAGAAUUACCCACGGAUUCGGUGACGUGGGUCUUCGUGGACUUCAUGUCGCUGUAUCAGUACAAGAGAUCUGCUGAAGAAGAUGAGUUCUUCAGGAAGGGGCUGAAGCGAAUGCACUGGCUGUACAGUCAUGAGAUUGUGCAGGUAGACAUCCUCACUGAACUCACACCUGAGGACAAGAAGUUCGAGGGCGAGAUUUUGGUGUACAACGCGACGGAAGACCAGGUGAAAGUGACACCAAUCUGCGAGCUGAGGCUGAACAACACCCCCUAUGAGCUUCGAGGUUGGUGCCAGAGUGAAUCUGAGUGGUCCCGCCUGCGUAUGGAUGUGCUUGGAGGUUGUAUUCCCACUCCUCCAGACAUAUUCAGGAAGAGGAUGCAACGGAUGCGGUUCACGCAUCGAAAUGAUGCCGAGCAGGUGCUUGCAUUGCAAGAAAAGGUGUUCAGAGACAAAGUCUCCAGGACAACACACUUGCAGCUCCAACAACUCUCGGCGGAUGACCUGGAAUGUCUACGUAAGGCCUUGCCGCACUACAACAAACUGAAAUACAUGGUGGUUAAUGGCAAUGCCCUGAAGGGGCAAGAUGCCGUGGCGAUGGUGACCUCAGGUGCGGCGGACAUCCAAAUGGAGUCGUGUUCUCUACAAGAUGAAGAUGCAGAUGCAAUGGCAGAGGCACUGAUGAGCUCAGCUGCUGAUCGAUUGGAACAUCUGAGUCUGACUGGAAACCGCUUCAGUGACAUCGGGACAGCUGCCCUUCGCAAAGUGAUGGAGCAGCGACCGCAGCUGAAGAUCCGAUUGUAG